AUGGAAGAAGGCAAAGGAGGAGGGCACGAAGAUAAAGAUAAGAAGCCGCCAUCGCAACCGCCACUGCCAUCAGUUCAAAAUGCAGGCGCGGUUUCGUUUCCAGGUGCCGGUGGAAUUGAGCAAAAGCAAACAUUUUUUGGUGUUGGUGUAGGAAGUACUCAUUUUUUUUUGGGUAAUUUGCACUGGUGGACAACUGAUGCUGACGUUGAAUACGAGCUUUGUAAGUAUGGAGAAGUUAGGGGUUUAAGAUUUUUUCUUUAUGAAGAUUGUGGAAAAUCCCAAGGGUAUUGUCAGGUUGAGUUUUAUGAUCCUUUAGCUGCGGCUGCUUGUAAGAAAGGGUUGAUUGGACAUGAGUUUAAUGCUGCUGAGGCUGUUGAUGGUAUCAACCAAGGUGGAAAUUGGGAUAAUAGAGGUUAUGGAAGAGGUAAUUGUGGGAGAGGGAACAAUCUGGGGAUUGGGAGUAGAGGACAUGGUAAUCCGAUGAGGAAUUGGGGCGGUGGAAUGGGUGCUAGACCUAUCAUGAUGGGUCCAAUGGGUGACUAUGCAGGCUUUCCCGGUGGCCCGGCGCCUCCGUUCCCCGGUAAUUUGCCUUCAUACCCCGGUUUUGGUUUGCGCGGUCUAGCACCUUAUGGUAAUUAUUCCUUCUAUGGAAGAGGGAUGCCUAUGCAUGGUAUGGGGAUGAUUCCGUCGUCCGGUAUGUAUGUUCCUAAUAUGGGAAUGUGGCCGGGCCCAGAUAUCGGAAGAUGGGGUGGCGAUGAAGAUGAUGGAGGCAAGGUUGCAGAGUCAGGUUAUGGGGAGGAAGCUGCAUCCGAUCAUCAGUACGAUGAGGUGGAUCGCGAUAGAGGUGAAUUGCCUAAUGCUAUGCGAGAAAAAGAAAGAGGAUCGGAGAGGGAUUUGCCGGGUACUUCUGAAAGAACAUUCAAGGAUGAUAGGGUUCAUGAAAUUGACAGAUGUGUGCCUAGUGAAAAUAAUUCGGACAAAUAUGUUCGUGAUCGCGAGAGAGGUCGGAAUCUUGACAGGCACAGGGAAGAUAGAGACAAAUAUGGUGAUCAUCAUAGAUUCAAAGACCAGUCUAGAAAAUAUUCACAUAAUGGAAAAAGGAGAUAG